AUGACGUCCUACGAGGAUACUGUGACGGGCCAUGCCUACAGCACACUGCUGCGCAUCGGACUGCCCGCAUACACGAUGCACUUCAAGAGCCCGACGUUUAUGAAGGAAUCCAUGUUGGAGAGGCUGGAUAGAUCGGUUUGUAAGGGCAUACUCAAGGCUUCGGCGCAGCAACCAGAAGUCAGAGAAGGUCUUGGUACCGAUGACAACGUUUGGAAAGACAUGGUCACCUUGUUCCGCGCCGCCAUUCCCUCGCUCGAACGCCGUUCCUUUGCCGUCUGGGAUCCUUCCGCCGUCGAUUACGAAUCAACCUCGGGUGCUCUCAUUGCUCAAAACUACCCUGGGCUGUGGAAAGACUUGGAAAGGCUCAAUGACCUGGUUUCGAUCCUGCGUAACACGCUCACGAUCGGCGAGAAGGCUCAAGAUCUGGCUGCCGAGUGCACAUUCGACCAGGAAAUAUUCAGAUUGAUCAACUGUUGCGUGCGAGUCACGGCAAGAGGAUUUGAUGGCGAUGCUGGUACUGGCGAUGAAGAAAAGUGGCAGUGGAUUGUGAAUGCUUACAAGAAGCUACUCAUAACCUCCCUUCAAUUCUUGAACAACCUGGUCGCUCGCAACGAACGAAGGAAGCUGAUGCUGUGGGUUGCCCUGUUCGACAACUCAACCGAAGGUAUUCUGGCUGAAGAUACUGACGAUGCGACUGGCGGCCAACCUGCUCUCGGCGAAAUGCCCAAACCACCUGUCUCCACCGGCGAUAUCCUGGUCGCACUUGGCGAGACAAGCAAGGCUACUUAUGAUGCUGCACAAGAUGCCUUGAACGCGAAACGACUUUUGGCGAACAAGGAUCAAAUGAAACCUCCCUCAAGGCCUGUAUCUGGAUAUGUACUGUUCGUGAGGCAACAUCAAGCAGAGACGAGAGAGGCUCUUGGCCCAACCGCAACUCCAGAUAGUGUCGCAAAAGCUCUCGCUGCCAGAUGGAGUAUUCUGUCCGACAAGGAAAAGACAACUUUCAACAAACAAUACGAUGCCCUUGCGCAACAGUAUGAAAAGGAAUUGGCAGCUUACCAGGAUGCACGACGUCUCGCACAAGCCGAAAAGGACAAGUCAGACAGAGCGCAUGCAGACCAAGUUGCUGCACGAAUUGCCCACAUUGAGGAGCAACUCGGUGAUCGCAUGAAGGCCGAAGGUACAAAGGUCGCCCCCAUGGAACCUCCGGUCUACAACGCAGAUGGAGCUAUCGCAUUCCCCGACGAAAAGUCAGCAACAGGACCUAGACCUGUGGCAGAGGAUGACUACAAGAUGAUGUUCACCGCCUCGGCAGGAGCCAAGAUUUUAGAAAGCGGUAAAUCAGAACUCAUGAAACGAUUGGAAAGCUAUCCUGUUCCGCCACCACAACAAGCUCAAAUCACAAGCCCAGCUUCACCUAUUGCUUCUCCAGCCUCACCGGUCUAUGAGAAUCGGACAGAUGAGGAUGAUGUAGGCUUGGACGAAGAGAGCGAGGAAGAGGAGAGUGAAGACGAAGACGAAUAUCCUGGUUCGAGCGAGGAUGGACGUGGUCUCCUGACAGACGUUCCGCUGAUCCUAGGACCGUCGGAGAUCGAAGUAUUGCCUAUGAUCGUCAUGUCUGGCAUUGUACCGCCUGCAAAAUCAACACAAGCUGGCACAUCAACCGAAGAGACUAACGCAAUUGUCAAUAUGCAUACGGUUAGAUGCCAUCUGCUAUUGGCUCAAGACAAUGGAAAGAAUCUGUUGAGAGAGCUCUUGAUAUUUGUUGCUGCUUGGGACUUGCGAGAGGAAGAGCUCUAUUUCAAAUUCAUGGUCAAGAUUAUGGAGGCAAUCUUGGUAAACGGCUUGAUGCCUUACGCUUACCACGCCUUCCGGGACAAAUCGAGAUCCAAAGACAUAAUCUCACCGGCUCAAGCGGUGAUCAUGAAGCUGCUUACCAACAUCUUCAGAUCGAGAGCCGAGGCUUCCAAGACGAACCCACAGCCCAGUGACUCGUAUCCGCUCAGAGUUGACGUCCACAUCGUCAAUUUCAUCUUUACCGAAUUCCGCCAGCAUAUCAUUCCGCAAACAUGUGCACUCAUCUUCCUGCAAGGCAAGAUCCACCAGAAUCUAGCUUCGCCUGAAGACUUCCCGCUUAACUUGUGGGACAUGGAGCGUAUGUACGAAGGCGUGUACCAAUACCUCGAGUUCUUCGCCGUGCUCACCGAAGAGAGCAUUUGGAAGGAUGUGAUGGCACAGUGGGAAGUCGCGAGCGAGCUUGUGACAUUGCUCAAGGAAUUGGAAGCUGCAAUCCCUAAACUCGGACCUGGAGGCACAUCACACGGACCCGUUCCAAGACGUCCCCCUCCUCACCAACAGAAUCAUAAUUACCAACCGCCGGCUCACAAUUACCCACCUCCACCAGCACCACCUCAGAACCUCAAGCCUCUGCCUAUAAGUGUGGAACGACCAUUCGAUUUGUCUCCGGAUCUGGCUAACACUCUUCCACCACUUCCUAUCCCACCGACAGAUGCCAACGCUCAGCCUCCGAACACUACAAUUUUUGAAGCUGAAACUCCCUUGGCAUACCCAGAGGAUCCGCAAGAUGAGCCUUCGGACUUUGAGUGGCGCAACCUCAAGAAACUGACGGUCCUCGUACUCUCCUCGCUGAUCUGGAAGAAUCGCAAAGUGCAAGACCAAGUUCGUGAAUACGGUGGAUUGGAAGCACUGGUGGGCUGCUGCCGUCACGAUGAGCACAACCCAUACAUUCGCGAACACGCCAUCAUGUGCUUGCGCUUCGCAGUCGAGAACAACGAGGACAACCAAGCCGUAAUCAAAGACAUGGCCGGCAUGGCAGCAGCAGGCGAAACCCGCAUGCCCACCUACGCCGAAAUCCCCCACGGCAAACUCACUCACCCAGACCAACUAAUCCCCUUCCAAGUCCCACCAGUCCCUCAAGAAGUGCUCGACACUAAUGGCUACGAAACAUUCAUGGAUGGAAAAGGUCAAGUCGGCCUCCGCAGAAAAGAUAUCGGCCAAUUGUCUACAGGACCACAGAAACCUCGUCCGCAUCCUAAAAUGACGGCGGAAAAGGCUGCAGAGCUUAUGCAGACUGCACUUCGCGACCUUCCUUUGGGUGAUAAAAUCCUUUUGGAUAAGGAAAAGAAGGAAGCUCUUGCCAAACUUGAUAGAGCGUUUUCUUAG